UACAGUGCAGCGGAGUGAUCUCAAUUUUAGAACGAAGGCCGCGCGCCAAACUUCACGCGACAUGCAGCUGCCUCGGUGCCUGCUUCCCGGUGGACCCGAGGAUCUACUUGCUGCUGGAGUCGGUUCCGUCAGCGGUUAACCCCUCGAAGGCUUCGCCUCCCGAAGGUCUGGAGGCCCGGGCAGCGAUGGGCACCAGAACCGGAGCACAGCGACCUGGCAGCGGGCUCGGGGCUCGGGCAGCCGUGGUUGGACCGGAGGCGGCGGGUGCCGAGGCGCUGGUGAGCGGCUCCGAGCAGGACUCCGACUCCGGAGACGACGAAGACGCGGUGGAGUCCGGCGAGGACGGGAGGUCCGUGAAGCGGGAGCGGCUGGACAAGGCGGCCCUGCAUCAGGGGCCCCGCAGCGGAAUCCCGAGCGGGGCUUCGGGGGGGUCGGGCUCCGGACUGGUGGGCGUCAAACCCGGGAAGAAGACCAGAGGGAGGGUCAAGAUCAAGAUGGAGUUCAUCGACAACAAGCUGAGGCGCUACACCACGUUCAGCAAGAGGAAGACCGGCAUCAUGAAGAAGGCCUACGAGCUGUCCACCCUGACCGGCACACAGGUGCUGCUGCUGGUUGCCAGUGAGACGGGUCACGUGUACACGUUUGCCACCAGGAAGCUGCAGCCCAUGAUCACGUCUGAGACCGGCAAAGCUCUGAUCCAGACCUGCCUCAACUCCCCAGACUCCCCCCCCCGCUGUGACCCCUCCUCAGACCAGAGGAUGAGUGCCACGGGCUUUGAGGAGACGGACCUCACCUACCAGGUGACGGAGGCAGACAGCUGUCCAGAGGCGGCAAAGGACCCCACCAAGCCAGCCUUCAGCUUGACGGCCUCCCCCCCAGUGUCCCUGCAGGGGCAGACCAGCCCCCCUCCCUCUACUAACGGCUCACUGAUGAAAAACCCGGCCAGCGUUCUGCUUUCUGGAGGCAUCACUUUGAUGUCAGGUGCCUCGCUGCCCCCAGGUACACAUACCAUUCCCCUGAGCCAGGUGCAGGGCCAAGCCAUGACGAUCCAGGGCCCCUCAGCCCCCACCGCUACGCUCCACGCUCCACCUGUGCAGCAGGCCACUCUGCUCCGCCUCCCUACUUCUAUGUCACUGUCAGGUUCUGGAGUUCCUCAGCAGCUGCAAACAAUCCAGGUGCAGCCCAGCAGUCAGCAGGUCUCCACCAAUCAGAACAGCUCUGACGUCCAUAGCCCCGCCUCCUCCAAAGGACAGGGUCUUCCCAUCUCCGUAGUGUCUUCUUCCUCCUCUUCCUCAGUGGCUGGUCACAUGAUGUACCCCGGCAGUCACACAGUUAUGUACACCACGCCCACCUCGUCUCUGGGGGAAGGCAGCAGCCUCGCCGUCCUGAACCCUUUUCCUGCAGCCAGCCACAACCAGUCACAAGACCCGGCUGUGGUGCAGCAGGUCUUCCUCACGUCUCUUCCUUCAGUCGCUGCUCAGAUCCCCGUUUCUGCAGUCCAACUACACCCGAUGGUCAUCAGCCAGCAGAGCAGCAGCCUGACGGAGCUGCAGGUCGUCAGCCUGGAUGCUCACCAGCCAAGGGACGACUGAAGGUCACGUGUUCUGGACCAUCAUGGAAACACAGCAGAAGUCUUCAGUGUGUGAUAGACGAGAGGUCACACGUUCUGUAGAUGUCACCUACCCGCUCUGCUGCAGAGGAUGAUGGAGCUCCAUGAGGCCCACGGGACUGGGUCUGCAUUCUGUGCUGGACCUGCACAGCUUCUUCUGGUUCUUUCGGACCCUGGUCUUGUUUACAAACGGUCCUCCGGUGCGUUCGGGGGCCGGGUUAGCUGUAAUCUGAUCAGAGCUCCCUUGACUGCUGUGCCCAGCAGGACAUUUGAGAGUUCAUCAAGCUGGGAUUGGCCUUCAUCCUGCUGUGGUGAUGAAGAGUUUUGGUUUGAAUCAAAUAAAGCGGGUCUGGUUUCUGUGA